CUGUUGGGUCUAGUGGAAGGCUCCAUCGUGAGCAUCACUGGACAUCUGAAUCGGUUAACGAAACCAUUUAGAAGCAUUCUAGAGACAAUGAAUAUUGAAAGGAAAACUUUGAAGGAAAAAACCAACUACACUGAUGGUGUGCGAUUAGGAAGCAACAAAAUUUGGCGCCCUUUGGAGUUGUAUCGUGAUGUUCUAAACGCAACCUCUAAAAACAGUCAACCAGAGCAGGAAGUCAUCCAAUACUCGAUCUACAUCAAACUCCUCAACGCGAUUUGGUACAUACUUCUGAGCUACUCUGAGGCCAUGUGCUACCUCAUUAUCAUUCUAAACCAAGUGAUCAGAGCCAAUUUCAUUUCCCUACCGCUGGUGAUUCUGAUGUUCUGCUGGGGAGCGUUGACAGUACCUAAACCGACAAGGACUUACUGGGUGAUAACUAUUGCCUAUGUUUUGAUUAUGCUGUUCCUCAAAAACGUCUUCGUAAUGAAAGUGAUUCCUUGGAACGCCAAGCAAGAACUAUACGAUGACAACCUGUUCUUCCCUCCGGGAAUUAUAGGGAUCACUAGUACAACUAGGGUUGUGUUCAAUUUUAUUAUGUUGGUGGUUUUCUUUUUUCACAGAGUCGUCUUGCAGAAGCUUGGCUUGUGGAAGCCGUUCACCUACCGCAACUCAGCCCUGAUUGAAGAUGGUGACUAUUUUGUUCGGGAGGGCAAGCUUACGCGCUUAAAUAGGAACGAUCCAAGAGGUCCAUCCACAUUAGCAGUCAAAACAUUUGGCGUUUCCAUGAGCGAUUAUUUCCCCAGAUCAGUGUUGGCAAGUUUUAUCAAAUACGCAGAAAACUUCAGACUGUUCACCCAGCAAUCAAUCACACCGUCGUCCGCGCAAAUCCCUGUUGAUGUUUACACUCCAAUGUUCCUCUGCGACUUGAUUAAUUUGUGCCUCAUUCUGUUCUUCUAUGGGGACUUUAAUAAUGAUCUGGAAAGGAGCGGUUUAAUAGAAUUCAUGCAGAACAACACGGUACCCAUAUCGUUCAUAGUAACAGUACUGGUGCUGGUGUUCCUCAUGGUGAUCGACAGGGCGAUCUACCGUAGGAAAAACCGAUUUGCCAAGCUGGUCUUUUACUUUCUACAAGUCAUCUCGUGCCAUUUAUAUUUGUUCGUUCUAUAUCCAAUAGUGACCAAGAAGAAAUUCAGGGACACUCGAGUGGUUCAGGCGUUCUACGUGUUCAAGUGUUUGUACUUUCUGUUUUCAGCCUACCAAAUCAGGAACGGGUAUCCUUCAUUGAUAUCGUUUCAAUUCCUGUGGCAUGGAAUGACAGUGUUCAAUAGGUUUGCCUAUAAGUUUUACCUGCUGAUUCCUUACUUCUUCGAGCUGAGAGUCUUACUGGACUGGAUCUGCAGCGACAGCUGUUUAGCUGUGACCGAUUGGUUCAAAAUGGAGGAAAUUACUAGCAACAUGUUUGAUCAAAGAUGUGGACAGGACCUGGAUGAGAAUUGGAGUGAACCGGCCGGGACGGCCAAGGACCGUAACAAGAAGUACUUGGUGGGCGGGUUUCUCUAUGUCCUGCUGAUUCUGACGGUUAUUUUCCCGUUUUUACUGUUUUCCUUGAGCGGUACUGUUGGAGUCCAGACUCAUCCUGCUAAGAUCAAGCUGCAAGUUUCGAUUGGGAGCUCAGAGCCGAUUUUUGAGUCUUAUGCUUCCCAGAAGAGCUUGAAGCUCCUUAGUAAAGAGGACUACAAAAACCUGACCACUACUUUCAACAGCAUUCCGGAAUCUGAGGAAAUUUUCGAAAAUUUUCACGCAGAUGACGUCGUAGUUGUCGAUUGGUCACCCAACAGUUUGACCAAGUGGAAGGUGUCUCCUGGCUCCUAUGCAGAACUUAUAGAAGAUGUUUUCUCAGAUGAUGAUUUUGCGGUUCGCGUGGAAAUUAGCUACACCCAUCUGGGGACUGGAGGCCAAAAGGUCAAAAGGAUCUUCGGACAAAGCGCCGUUGUUCCGCCCUUACCGAAUCCACAGCGGCAAAAUUUGAUUAAUAUGCUCCAAUCCAACAUCAGUGUAGACACAGCCAUAUGGGUGCCAUUGUCUUUUCCGAAAUUCCUGCUUAUUACCAAGGAUGGCACCCCGAAACCUUUGCCAAUAAUGUUGGAACAAGGAAAUUACACGUAUGACCCAUACAACGAGUCCUCAUUCCUGCAAGAUACCGACGAUGAUGAGGACACUCCGGCUGAUCCCAAGAUCUUGCGGAAUCUUGUAGCGUCGCUUCUGGUCAAUGAGGAUGGAGAUAAAUGGUGGUAUAUAACGGAGGAAUGUAGCGCAGAGGACGACAACUACUUUUACUACCUGAAAGACCUCGUGCAUAACAGUUGCGAGCAUUUAGUGCUGUACACUUUCAAUGAGAGAGUGUUUUCGAAUACCAUGAGCUACGUGACUCAGAGUGGAAUCAUUGGACUUUACCUGCUGUACUUUAUGAUGGUGAUUGGGAUUAUUCGAGGCUGUCGGGUAUCAGUGGGUGAAAUAUGGAUAGAAGACCUUCCACUCUCAGACGACAUUAUGAGGAAAUGCCUGGAAGUGUACAUAGCCAGAGACAUGCACAAUUUCGAGCUGGAAGAAGAACUGUUUGCCGAAUUGAUUUUCAUUAUGAGAUCCCGAGAGUUGCUGAUAAAAUUGAGCAGGCUUAAAGACAGCGGCUACAAUCCUCCCAUAGUCGCUCCAGUGGCUAAGAGAAAGCAAAGUGAGGACGACAAUGAUAAGGAAACUUCCACAUAGACUUAAUGAAUAGUUUUAAACGUGGCUAAGUGCUGUUUUCAGCUCGGGAUAAAAAUAAACUGUUAAGUAAUGA